AUGCAGGCUUGUGGUGGAGCUGCAGUGAUGGGUUCUCUUCAACAGCCCACUUGGACCAAAGGAACAAUUUUUCCAAACAAGGGGCUUAUCGGUACUGGAUUUUCACAUAAACUAAAGCUCACUUGUGUGAAGCCCGUUAGAUCUUCUUCUUCUUACAUUGAAGGAAGCUUGGUUGCUGGAAGGCCAUCCUCUUCUGUCUCUGUGACUUUGCCUGAAAUUGGUGGUAAUGGAAGCAGUUUUGUAGACAAUGGGUUAAGUGAGGCUGACCCUGAGGUGCGUGCUAUUAUUGAAAUGGAGAAGGAGCGACAGUUCAAGAGCCUUGAGCUUAUUGCCUCAGAGAAUUUUACUUAUCGGGCAGUUAUGGAGGCAGUUGGCUCAUGUCUCACGAACAAGUAUUCAGAAGGAUUACCAGGUAAAAGGUACUAUGGUGGCAAUGAGCACAUUGAUGAGCUUGAAACACUUUGCCAAAAAAGGGCUCUAGAUGCAUUUCACUUAGAUGGAAAGAAGUGGGGUGUUAAUGUUCAACCAUUAUCUGGUUCUCCUGCUAAUUUCGAGGUUUAUACCGCAGUUCUUAAACCUCAUGACCGUCUCAUGGGUUUGGACUUGUCUCACGGAGGACAUUUGUCUCAUGGUUUCAUGACUCCUAAAAGACGGGUAUCAGGCACAUCCAUUUAUUUUGAGUCCAUGUCUUACCGACUCAAUGAAUCCACAGGUCUGGUUGAUUAUGACAAGCUUGAGGAAAUGGCUGACCGAUUUAAACCAAAACUCAUCAUUGCCGGGGCUAGUGCUUAUCCUCGAGAUUUUGACUACCCUCGCAUGAGGAAGAUUGCGGAUGCUGUUGGUGCUUUUCUUAUGAUGGAUAUGGCUCACAUAAGUGGGCUUGUAGCUGCUUCUGUGCUUGCAAAUCCUUUUGACUACUGCGAUAUUGUGACCACUACAACACACAAGUCUUUGAGAGGUCCAAGAGGUGGAAUGAUCUUCUUCAAGAAAGAUCCAGUUCUUGGGGUUGAUCUAGAAUCUGCCAUCAACAAUGCUGUUUUUCCAGGUUUACAGGGUGGUCCCCAUAACCACACUAUUGGGGGCCUUGCAGUUUGCUUGAAGUAUGCACAGUCCCAAGAAUUUAAGGCUUACCAGAAUAAGGUGGUCUCUAAUUGUAGGGCUCUUGCAAGCCGAUUGACUGAACUUGGGUAUAAACUAGUUUCUGGUGGAAGUGAUAACCAUCUGGUUCUUGUGGAUCUGCGGCCUUUAGGUAUUGAUGGAGCUCGAGUGGAGAAAAUUCUUGACAAGGCUUCUAUCACCCUUAACAAGAAUUCAGUACCUGGCGAUAAAAGUGCUGUAGUGCCCGGUGGCAUUCGCAUUGGAUCACCUGCCAUGACAACAAGAGGAUUCACUGAGAAAGAUUUCAUAGCUGUUGCAGACUACAUUCAUGAGGGUGUGCAGAUAACAAUUGAUGCUAAACGCGCAGUCUCAGGAUCAAAGCUCCAAGAUUUUAUGAAGUUUGUAGCUUCACCUGAAUUCUCCCUAAAGGAUCGAGUGUUGGAUCUGCAGAGAAGAGUUGAAGCUCUUACCACCCAGUUCCCAAUGCCUGGACUGAACGAGUCGAAUGAGAAGGGUGUUAGCCGUGCGGUGAGCUUGGGCGGGACGGUACAUAGCUUGGGCACAAUUCACGGAUGUCAAGUUCAAACAGCCGCUCAUGAUGAGGGAAUGCCUUGCAGAGCAGGUAUGAAGGGCCUGAACAGCACAAGGGUUGAGGUCCUGAGAAGUUAUCUAAUUUGA